AUGUCGUUUGAUAGACAAUUGACCGAAGACCAGGAGAUCGUUCUCAAGCAAAUUUGGACACAUCUCUUCCAUCUGUGGCAGGUGCCCGUCGACGGAAGCCAUAUCUUUCACAGCAAUUCCCUCAACAGCUCCUCGUCCACUCCACCAAAGAAGAAGAAGUCGUCAUGGUUUAGUAAACUUCAAUCCUCUGAUCACAACCAGGAAUCUAGCGCGGCGGUUGAGGCGACACAGGUCUAUGAGAAGGGCAAGAUACACAAGGCACUAGCCAAUCUGGACCCGCAAACGACCAAGAAGCAGUUCUGGCACGAUAUCAAGAACGAAACUCCGGAUGCCACGAUCUUGAAGUUCAUCAGGGCCAGGAAGUGGAACGCAGACAAGACCAUCGCCAUGUUGGGCCACGACCUGUACUGGCGUAAGGAUACCAUCAACAAGAUCAUAAACGGUGGUGAAAGAGCUGUGUAUGAGAAGAAUGAAACUGGUGUCAUCAAGAACUUGGAGCUGCAAAAGGCCACCAUCCAGGGUUACGACAAUGACAUGAGACCCGUUAUCCUUGUGAGACCUAGGCUACAUCAUUCCUCGGAUCAAACUGAACAGGAACUGGAAAAGUUUUCCCUACUGGUCAUCGAACAAUCCAAGUUGUUUUUUAAAGAGAACCACCCUGCUUCCACCACUAUCUUGUUUGACCUGAAUGGUUUCUCCAUGUCUAAUAUGGACUACGCCCCCGUCAAGUUUCUGAUCACCUGUUUCGAAGCUCACUAUCCUGAGUCUUUGGGCCAUUUGCUUAUCCAUAAGGCUCCUUGGAUUUUCAACCCAAUUUGGAACAUCAUCAAGAAUUGGCUGGACCCAGUCGUCGCAUCCAAGAUCGUGUUCACCAAAAACCUUGACGAGUUGCACAAGUUUAUCCAGCCUCAGUAUAUUCCUAGUUACCUCGGCGGCGAGAACGACGCUGAUUUGGAUCACUACACUCCACCAGAUGGCUCUUUAGACAUUCAUUUGAAAGAUAUUGAGACCCGCGCUAUGAUUGAAAAGGAAAGAGAAGAACUGAUCCAGCAAUUCUUCGAUGCCACUGCCCAAUGGAUUGAGCACGAGCCAGUGAAUGAUCCAGCCUAUAUCCAACUACAGGAGAAAAGAGUACAGCUUUCCACUGCCCUUUGCGAAAACUACUCCAAGCUAGAUCCGUAUAUUAGAUCGAGAUCCGUUUAUGACUAUAAUGGCUCUUUGAAGGUUUGA